UGAGGCCAGGAUGGGUGAGGGAAGAGCUGUGGUGUUGAGAACCCAGCACCAGGCACGUGCGCACAGGAGCCCGAGGGAGCUACCCAGCCGCACUCGCAGCACCUGACCCCUUCUUUGCUAAACAGAUGACCAUGCCUGCGAUACAGGGUUCUCCCUGUGGCUUGGAAAUGCCCAGCUGAUGAGGCUGCACCAUUCUCCAGGGAGCUAGAAUUGUGUGAAGCGAUUCAUUACUGAUGGAUGCCUCUGGUAGUGACAGCACUGUGGAAACAGACUCUCAUUGUAGAAGCAGCAAAGAAAACUGAAGAAAGAGGCAGAAGGCCUGUAAAAACGUGGGUCUCCUGUUCUGUUCGGUAGAACGUCAUGACAUGAAUACCUUAAGCUUACCCCUGAGCAUCCGCCGAGGAGGGUCGGACACCAACCUCAACUUCGAUGUGCCAGAUGGAAUCCUCGACUUCCACAAGGUCAAACUCACCACAGACAGCUUGAGACAAAAGAUUUUAAAGGUGACAGAACAGAUAAAAAUUGAGCAGACCUCCCGAGAUGGAAAUGUGGCCGAGUACCUGAAACUCGUCAGCAGCGCAGACAAGCAGCAGGCUGGGCGCAUCAAGCAGGUGUUUGAGAAGAAGAACCAGAAGUCGGCGCACUGCAUCCUCCAGCUGCAGAAGAAGCUCGAGCAGUAUCACCGGAAGCUGCGGGAGCUCGAGCAGAAUGGAGCCAGCCGAGGUGCCCGGGAGAGCUCCAGAGACAGCCUGAGGGACGCCCAGCACCCUCUGAAAGAUGCCCACGUCAAGUCGAGAACUGCGCCCCACAGCAUGGAGAGCAGUAAGUCGGGCAUGCCCGGGGUCUCCCUCACCCCGCCCGUGUUCGUUUUCAACAAGUCCAGGGAGUUCGCCAACUUGAUCCGAAAUAAGUUUGGCAGCGCAGACAACAUCGCUCACUUGAAAAACUCCUUAGAGGAGUUCAGACCGGAGGCGAGCACCAGGCCCUACGGGGGCAGCGCCACCACUGUGAACAAACCCAAGUACGGCAGCGAUGACGAGUGCUCCAGCGGCACCUCCGGCUCCGGGGACAGCAACGGGAACCAGUCCUUCGGGGCUGGCGGGACCGGCCCCCUGGACAGCCAGGCGAAGCUAGCUGCAAUUCUGGAGGAACUGCGGGAAAUCAAGGACACCCAGAUCCAGCUGGCAGAGGACGUCGAGGCGCUGAAGGUGCAGUUCAAGAGAGAAUACGGGUUCAUUUCUCAGACCCUGCAGGAGGAGAGAUACAGGUACGAGCGCCUAGAAGACCAGCUGCACGACCUCACAGACCUGCACCAGCACGAGACAGCCAACCUGAAGCAGGAGCUGGCCAGCGCAGAGGAGAAGGUGGCCUACCAGGCCUACGAGCGGUCUCGGGACAUACAGGAAGCCCUGGAGUCCUGCCAGACGCGCAUCUCCAAGCUGGAGCUCCACCAACAGGAGCAGCAGACGCUGCAGACAGACACCGUGAACGCCAAGGUGCUGCUGGGCAAGUGCAUCAACGUGGUCCUGGCCUUCAUGGCCGUGGUCCUGGUGUGCGUGUCCACCAUUGCCAAGUUCGUCUCGCCCAUGAUGCGGAGCCGUUUCCACAUCCUCGGCACCUUCUUUGCUGUGACUCUCCUUGCCAUAUUCUGUAAAAACUGGGACCAUAUUCUGUGUGCCAUCGAAAGGAUAAUCAUCCCAAGAUGAAGCCGCUGCUUCCUGCCUUCACGUUCCCUUGGGUUUUGAUUUCAAAAGAGAACUCUGUGCGUACUACCAAAUGUCUCAGUGAGCCCGUUGCGCAGACCAGAGCUGCGUGGUGUAAAUAGCUGCGGCGCUCCUAACCCAGUAGCAGCUGCCAGCUCAGUCCCAUACUUGGCUAGUGUGAAGCCGAUUCAGAGCUGUCCCCACUCUGCUCACUGCCUUAACCAGACCCGACCCCUGCCCUGUGAGCCCAGCACAGUAACCUCGUCUGCUGAGCACUGGACGGAGCUAGAGACCCAGAGGGAAAGGGCUCCUCCUCCCCGUUCCUUACACCUAUCUCACUUGAGCUUCACCGCGGCCAGUGUUUGCCAGUGUUUGCGUUGCCCGAGUCCUUUAAACAGCAGGGGUGUGAUGUGACUCAGGAGAGAAGCAGCACAGAGGAGCCCCAGCUUCCUCGGUGCUGUGGCAGUGACACUGCCUAGUCUCCAUGGAGUCCACCCCACUGGUCACAGGUGCCACUGGUCUCGUCCUGUACCCAGUGUUCACAGUGGUCAGCUGUGUGUGGCUGCGUGAUUUGUACAUCUUCCAGUGUACCUUUUCUCCACAAGUCUGCGCUGAGGGUUUGGCUGUACACUGGGACUGAAGAGUGGGGCCUCUGCCUUCUUGUGACAGGGGCCCAUGUCCCUGCCUUCACCCUUCCGGUUGCACAUCCCCACCCCCCGCAUUCCUCCCCAGGUGGCUUUGUUAAUCAGAUCCUGUGAACACUAGCUGCCCGAGGUUUGUGCUUUGACAAACCUUGACUGUGACAAAGCCUCUGUGGAGAUGCCAUUCACUUUGUGUCGUUCACUGUGAAGAACCGGAAAUGGGAAGCGGCGCUGCGCAUGGGGCAGGGCUUUGGCCUUGCAGGAUCACAGAGUCGUAGUUUGUAUAAACUGAGGUGGGGCUGCUGGAGGAAGACAGGCGCCUGGCUGCCUGGGUGUGUGAGAUUAGCUGACCAUUCACUGGGCAGAGGUGGAAAGGCUUCCUUCCACCUGUACAGGUCAGCAAGAAUGAAAUGGGUCAGGCCUGGGUCGGUGAGCGCAAGUCCCAAGGCUGCCAUGGGGCAAGCAUCAAGCAUUGGUGUCUGCGGCCCAUUUUGGGGGUGUCCCCCGACUCAGAGCCGUGCGUCACUCUCCUUCAAGUCGCGUUCUCUGUGUGCCACAGAAAGGAGGCCAUCGGCCCCUCCUCCGGCCCCCACCACCGCCCACCAAAGGUGUAAAGAUGCACCCAGGCAUUUUCUUCCAGGAGAUGUUGCAGCUCCUGGAUUGAAAUCAAGUGCAAUAUUUUGCAAACAGGUUUCUUAGGGAAAUCUCUAGGGGAAACACAAUGUGACAGUGUGUGCCGUGCUGUGAGAAUGGAAGACUGGGGCCCUCCGGAGGAGCCCAGCCCAUGUGAGUGAGGUGCGUGCAGCGCGAGCGGUUUCUAAAUGUACAGUUCAGUAGUAGUAACCAAUUCACAAACCCUUCAGACAGUACCCCUAAUUCUAGACUUCGGCUUUUUAAAAUAAUAAAUAUCACAUCAUGAAGUCUGUGGUAAGAAAGUAUUUUGGAACCAAGGACAAGGGGCCUGUUGCCCCUCCCCCACCACACAGCAGUGUCUCCCACCCCUGGAGACUCUCCUGUGACCCCCAAAGUUGACUGAACACACUGUGACCCUGAAACUCAGGCAGGUGGGGGUGUGGACCGAGCGGGGCAGAAAGCACACUGCGCUGUCUUUGUUUCAGAUGUUAAAGGCCAGCAUGCCCCUUACGUGUGGGCAUUCAGCUCCAUCACUUAGAUGCCCAAACCAAACUGGAGUCUGGUGGAGACCUCGGAGGGACAUUGUGGACACGCCUGUGCCUAGGCUGGGUGUUGAUGUUGCCUGAGGGCUGGAGAGGGCGAGCAAGAUUUCUAGCCUUUGCUGCUUAGCUGCAGAAGUCACGCUGCUGCACGCUCCGCAUGCAGAGCCGCGGAGCCUCGCAGCCCUUUGAUCGACAGUUGUUAGACCUGUGAUCAGUCAGUCUUCUCCCCGAGAGCAAGUCAGGGAAAGAGGGGGAGCAGCACCCUCCACCCACUGCACUUGCAGAACCUACUAGAAAGCAGCUUCCUUCCAAAAUCCCAGUCUAAACCCUAAGCCACCGACUGUAAAGUCCUCUUACUGUUGACUCAUUACAUGCAGAUAACUUUGUUUCCACUUAGAUGUGGUCUACCUACAUGGCAUAUUUAUUUUAGAGUCUUGUGGAAAGUUCAUGAAGCUUUUAACCUUUUAAUAAGAUGAUAUGCUUCAAGGAGACUUUUACUCUGCAGUUCACUCUUCUCUUCUUAGGGACUAUACCUCCUACGCUUGUUCUCUUCAAUGCUGAAGAUGAGAUGGAAUUUUAUAAAGAUGCAGUUAAAACCUAGGGAUACAGCUGGGAUAUAUCCUGGAAUUGGAUAGUUAAUUUACCCCUAAGUCAUCUUUUCCCCCCACCUUUUGUUUAAAAAAAAUGCACAUGGCUAAAGAUGAAAACCAUUUGGAGCGAUACACACCUGGUUAGCUGGUGAAUAUUAUUGAAUGACUUCAGACACUAGCUCUGGAUUUUCUGGUGACAUUAUUAUCAUGAUUGGCAGAUAGUGAUAAUGUGUUGAGGAUUAAAAAGAUUAAAAGAGGGGCCAGGGAGAUGGCUCAGUAGAUAAAUGGCUUAAAACACUCCAGUGGGUUUUGUUCAGCUCAUGUUUUCAGUAUGAUUGCACCAGAGCAGACUCCCGCCCCCCAAAAAUUAAAAAACCCACAACGAAGCAGUGGCACUCGCGCUCCACACCGGCAGGCGUGGGGCAGCCAGACCCCUUCCUCGCCGUCCCUGGGACCUGCUGAUAAGCUACAUCUCCUGACCCUCUCGCCUUUCAGUCGCAGCCAGUGCCGCGCUCCCCUGUCAGUGAGCAUUCCUGUGCCCAAGCUGUCCUUGUCACUCUUGUUCCCCUUAAUUGUUGCCCUCUGUGUAUUAAUCACCCCGCCACUUCUCCAGCACAUCAGGCUUAAUUAAAGGUUCAGUAAUGGGGAGGGAACAAUUUCCCUUGGGCAACUAAUUACUCAUGUCCUUUUGGGUUGAGUUUUAAACACCAAAUUAUUUUGCACUGAAUGGGAGCACUUUUGUAUUAAAGCCAGUUACAGUUGUAUUGGUUGGGAAAAACCACUGAAAUAUCCUUACUAGCACAGACUUGUGUGAAGAAGCAGCCUAUUUUGCAUGUUUCUUUAAUUUUGAGGUAUUAUUUGGAAUUUAAGGUUUAUCCAGAAGAGAGCUGUUUCGAGAAGAUUACACGUGACUAAGUAGAGAAAGGGUCAAAAGAGAUACGUUACUGAAAAGAAUGAGAUUGGCCUAUUUACCUCGAAAGCAGAGAGAAGCUAACAAAAAAAUUUAAAAGUAUGGUUGCCAGGAGCUUGGUAACCUAUAAGGUGAAAAGCAGAACCAACCUACAAUUUUCCAAAGUCAAUAUAAUUCUCUGGCUAUAAGGAGCAGGAAGUCAUGCGCCUUGAUUGUUUUAGGUAUGGUAGCUGUUUUGCAGUUUUAAUUUAUUUAAAGCACCUCUGCUGUUUGUCCUAAGAAAUGUUUCCACAGAAUGGGCCGUGCAUUGAAGACACAUGUAGGCGAGAGCAGCUCGGGAUGCAGGAGCUGCAGUGCCGGGUAUGGCGUCCGUUGCCGAGUUUCUACUUCGUGAGAUGCUAUAUAGUUCCAUGUCAGCCUAAAAUUGUAAUUCCUCCAUAGAGCUUCACCCUGUGGUGGUGUCAUCAAUGAAUUCAAAGCAGGUGCCAUUAUUUUUUUAAAUAAACACUUGAUAAUAGCUUUGGUGUUAAAUAAAGAGUUAAAUUUCUUAAAGUUUCACAUUGGUCAGAACC